AACGUAGAAGAAGAAGCCCCUCUGAAAAUGGACUAAUGAGUCUGCAUCAUCGCUCUCUUUCCACACACACACAGAAGGGAAAGAUGGCAACGACAAACAAGUUUUAUGUCACUCACUUGUCAGCCUGUCUUCUCUUCGUGGUGUUUCUGUCACAAUAUCCGGCUGAGGCUUCGGAUGACCAAACGAAAACGGUGGAGUUUGACGUGAAACCGGGAGGGACGUUGUACACUUUUGCAGAGUCCAUUGGGGGGUAUGAAUGCUCAUUCUCAUUUGUCACACAAGGAGGAACCAAUGAGAAAUGGUUCAUGAGUGUGGGCCUUAGUAAUGACAGCAAGCUUUUUUCCUGCUCUGUGUGGAGGCCUACAGGGAAAUCAUACUUGUUUUUCACUGCGUUCAAAAUGGAGUUGAAGGGAACCAAAGUUGAAUUUGCAAAUGCAUACUCGCAGGUGGCAGUGGCAUUAGGACAGAAUGAUAAGGAUCUUAAUUCAGAGGAAUACACCAUCGGAGAGUCCACAGUGACCCACACAGAAGGCAAGUUCAAGGCUCAGCUGUCCAAGCUGAUGGUGGUCGGACGCACAAGACACCAAGAGCUGUGAGCGGUCGGGGCUCAGUCGCCGCAUCGGGCGUCCUUCCCGGGUGAGCUUCUGCGGUUUAGCUCAUUCGUCAAUAAAGGAUCCGUUUGGGAGAAGGGUUGCGUGACUGAGGAUGAAGGCUCGAUAAGUGUGAGCAUUUGCCCCUCCACGGGAGAAAUACAACAACAACAAGAUUAUUUUUAUUUCCACCAUAUGAUGUUUUUACACUAAGAGAACCAUUCCGAUGUCGCUUAUUCUUAACUUUGUGAGGCAUAAUGUGUGCUAAUCCAUCGGGGCUAUUCCAUAUGGAAUAAUAAAUGUACAAAUCUAAUUGUAUUUUUUCUUCAUAAUUUUAGUAAGGGCCUCUUAGGAAAGCCCCCUGCAGUACUAUAAUACUCUGUUCCAUCAUAUGAAAAAUCUUCAAAACAUUAUCUUCAAUCUUAUUUGCAGCAUGUUUCACAAAUCACCACUACUUGUGAUUAUUUUACCUUGGGUGUGAUUUUGGACAGAUGAUUUAUUUUUUAUUUUUUUUAAGAAUGGGACUGGCUACUUCUGUAGAGAGAUGAGUGUCUUUUCAGUACAUCUUUAAUGUGAACCUAAUUUUCAAACUUUACAAUUUUGGUGCUGUUUGUCCUUAUACCAGUGAAGCAAGAUACCAUCAUGUUCCCAAAUCUGUUGCUUGCAUCCCUUCGAGGAAACAUUUCCACAAUUCCCUAUCAUAGCUUAUGAAUAAUAAUAAAAUCCAAACACAUAUGUCAUGUUUGUACAGCACCUCAUUUGUUUUGAUUUGAAAGAUUUAGAAAACUACCUUUUUUAUACAACUUUUUUGGGUGCUGUUAGUCCUGAAAUAAGAUGCCAUCAUGUUCCCAAAUCCAUUGCUUCUAUCCCCCAGUGGCAACUUUUCCAUAAUUCCUGGUCCUUCUCCUCUCUGGUGAAUAAAAUCAUUUUAAAAGAAAA